AUGGAGAGAGACAGCAGAAAUGAGAAGUUCUUCUCCAGAAAGAGAAGUUUCACUUUUGGGGCAUAUGGAGGCAGACCAGAACCUUUAGAGCACAGCAUUCUGGAUAUUUUGGACUCCCCUACCAGCGAGACCAAACCGUUCCUUUCUGCUGGCAGCAACCAGAAGGUGACAGAGCUGUUUGAGAUCAUUGAGAAGUUGCAGUCUCAGCUUUUGAAGAUAGGUCGUGACCUUCCUCUGAUCCUGCCUCCAAAGCUGGGUGGUUACUGGAUAGACCCCCCGCUACAGAAGUUUGCUGAGACCAGUCCGACAUCCUCUCAUUACGGACUAGACCCAGAGACCUAUGACAUCAUGGAGAGAGACAGCGAGGCCACAUACUACCAGGAGUUCUUCCGCUCACGAUAUCAUCACUCGUUCACAGCAGUGGACCCCUCCCUGGGACCCCUCCUUCUCUCUGUCUGUUUGGAGGAAGAAGAGAAGAGGCUGAGAGUAAUACUGAGAAUGAGGGAAUGCUCUAUGCAUGGGGUUUUCUCUGUGUCUCUGUUCCCAAACAUCCCGUCUGCUGUGGAGCUGGCCAAGAUGCUAUGCGACAGUGUGACUGUGCUCAGAUUUGAUGUGGUCAGUUACCUCAAGGCACCAGAUCUUAUAACAGCAUUUGAUGAACACAGAAUGUCUCCGAAUUUCAAGUUUGGUGUCUUGUAUCAGAGAGAGGGACAGUUGACAGAGGAGGACAUACUCUGUAACAAUGAGGAAAGUGAAGAGUUUCAAGAAUUCCUCUCUAUUUUGGGAGCUACAGUCGCACUUCAAGGGUUCACUGGGUUCCGAGGAGGUUUGGACGUGUGUCACGGCCAGACAGGAAAUGAUGCGGUCUUCACUUCCUUCCACGGCAGAGAGAUCAUGUUCCAUGUGUCCACCAAAUUGCCCUUCACAGAGGGCGAUACACAACAGCUACAGAGGAAGAGACACAUUGGCAAUGACAUCGUUGCUGUUGUUUACCAGGAGGGCCACACCCCUUUUUUGUCUGAUGUCAUCGGCUCACACUUCCUGCACUGUUUCCUAGUGGUCAGGAGGGAGGAGGGGUGUUCCAGUGGUCUGUUGCAGGUGUCAGUCACAGCCAGAGAGGAUGUACCUCCCUUUGGUCCCUCCCUCCCUGAUCCUCCCAUAUUCACAGAGAGCUCCCUGUUGAGAGAGUUCCUUCUGACCAAGCUUAUCAAUGCAGAGAUCUCCUGUUAUAAGGCUGAGAGGUUCAGUAGACUGGAGCUGCGCACUCGUUCGUCCCUCCUGGAGGGUCUGCAGGCGGAACUGUCCACCCGCUCCCAGUGCAUGAUUGGAGAUUCGCCUGUGUCCGCUCUCUCGACUUCUGAGGGGAUGAGGGGUGUAACUGAGGGGAGUGGAGGGUUCAUCGAAAACUUUAAGAGAGCCAUUAGGGUACGCAGUAAUUCUUUUGACACUCUUGGGGGGCCUAGAAAGAUGGGCGGGGUGCCGCUCCCACAGAAACCCAAGGCUGCUACAGAGAGAGAUGGAGAGAGUGAGUUGGCCUACAAGCCCCCUGAACCCAGCUUUCCGCCCACAGACAACCUGGGCUCCACAGAGGUCAAAGACCACUCCAGUCCCCAGGAGAAUACAUAG